CACCGCGUUACGCCAUCCCCCGCGUUACGCCACGACUUACGUUAGUCACAAGUGUCCACUUUUCAGCCGGGUCCUUGCUCCACCUUGAUCUUGCCGCUCAUGACAGUGACCGUGGGAUGUCGACAACCAGACCUUGCCCAGGUCACCUCAAGUGAUCCUCCGCCACCUUCCCGCCUCUGCUACGCUCCUCACCUCCUCCACCAUUAUCUAACGUGCUUUAGUAUUCAUUUACUGGGCCGAGAAUUGUAUAUAUAAUCUGACCGACCAUGAUUGCAGGAUGGGUCCUUCACUCACCGUCACCAUUAUCGCGCAGCGCCAGCCCCAGCAGUCACGUCAGAUCGUAUUCGGCAGGUCCUAAAGCGCCCCCAGACUUGUCUUCGAAUCGCACGGCGAGAGCCAUAUCUACAUCCGCGCUGAACAACAGCUCCACCAACUUGAGCGUCAGCGCUGCGUCAGUGGGAAGCUCCCAGCGCUCGAGCUCCUACAACGACGAGGACGAGAGUAUGAGCACCAUUCCGGAUCCAAGAAGCCGCACUAUGUCUCCUCCCGACGGCUCACAGCCACCAAGCGCCUCACACCACCCGGAUCUCAAUAACGAAGUCGCGACACUAAGUAAGAAGCUUAUCAAUGCAAUCAACCAUCAAACCAAUAUGGGGGACAUGCUGAAUCAGACACGUUCGGAGCUGGAUGCUUCUCGGGAACGUAUUCGACAGCUUGAAGCUGAGGCUGAGAGUCAUGCUAGUCAAAUCAUGAAUGGCUCCCUGGUGGAUUUCGGCGUCGUGAAGGCAGAAAGGACUAAGCUUUUGGCAAGUUUGACCGAGGAGGCAAAGAAGCGUGGCGCUGCUGAGAAAGAGAAAGCAGCCAUUGAGUUGGAGCUGGAGAACCUAACCACGGCUCUCUUCGAAGAGGCCAAUAAGAUGGUCACUAUUGCUCGAGAGAAUUCUCAGCGAGAUCACGAAGUCAUGGAAAAGAAAAACGAGAUGCUCAAAGCUCGACUAGCAGAUACAAAGACGCUACUCAAAUCACAUGAAGAACAGCUAGCGGAACUGAAACGAGUUAUGGCGCAAAUGCAGGAGAAGAAAGAAGACCAGUCCAAUCCCUCAGCGCCGCCAACACCUGGUUUGAAGCAGUUUUAUGACAAGGACGACAGUAUUGUGCGGCCCGUACAUGCAGCCAGGGGGGAUUUAGAGGUUACGCCCUCUUAUCCCACCAGCUUCACGCAUCUGUUGCAGCCUGUCCUUAGAACAGAUUUGGCUGCCUAUGGCGACUUUGUAAUCUUGGUGCGAUCAUCCAAGAAUGGGCCAGGGAGCAGAGUGACGAGUGGGUCGUAUGGAGGGUUUUCGUUAGGGCUGGGACUUGGAGGGGCUUCAAGUCAGCCAUCACCAGUUCUGCGGCACACACCCUCCAAUGGCUCGACUUCAUCAAUAGCAACUUCUGCCACAGUUGCUUCAACUCCAGUCACACCUAUCAUGCCUGCGUCCGCAGUUAGUGCCAGCACCACACCAGCAGGCCCUGCAACUCCACUCAAAGAAACCCGCUUUUACAAACGUGCAUUGGCUGAAGAUAUUGAGCCAACGCUUCGCCUUGAUACUGCUCCUGGACUCUCGUGGCUGGCUAGAAGAAGUGUUCUCAAUGCCAUGUGUGAGGGAACGCUCGUAGUAGAUCCGAUGCCAACACCUACCACAGCGGUCCAGAAAUUUUAUGUAUUUGCUUGUUCGCUUUGUGGAGAAUCACGCAAAGAUCCAAAGCAAGCACGAACACAUCGCUUUCGAACAAGCGAGAGUGAUACGGCACAGAGAUACCCUCUGUGUAAAUACUGUCUCGGGAGAGUUAGAAGUAGCUGUGACUUCCUUGGAUUUUUGCGGAUGCUCAAAGAUGGUCACUGGAGGUGCGAAGAUGAAGAAGCGGAGAAGCAUGCUUGGGAGGAGAGCGUAAGAUUACGAGAACAGAUGUUCUGGGCUCGAAUGGGUGGAGGUGUUAUACCGGUUGGCGCUGCCCAUAAUCAGCUUCCCGAAGUGACUCCAAGAGCUAGCGAGGAAGUUGAAAUGCUGAAAGAGCUGGAAGAGACUGGAAAGAUAGUACCCAAGGACAUUACACCACUUCCUGAUGAUAUCACAGCCUCGCGGAUCGAUCUUAAUGAAGAUGAAGCUUCGUUAACCGCAGCGAAAAAGAGAGCGAGUAAGAAUCUAAUAAACGACACAGCCGAAGGAUUAUGGAAGGCUGCUCAGGAGGAUGCUAUGGAGCCUCCUUUUAAGGAAAGCGACGUAGCUGCUACGUCUCCUGAAGCGAAACAAGUUUCAGACGAGGCGCCGGCGACAGAAGAAAGCGACAAAUCAAACCGUGCCUCAUCGCAAUCGCUUGCGGUAUCCGAGACGGGAAGUAAAGAGGAGAAGAGGCUCUCUAUCACUAUUCCACGGCCGGAAUAAGUUAGAGAUUCGGGAACUGGGCUCUUCAAUAAUAUGAGAGCCUCAAAUAGUCAUAUAAGGCGCAUGGGUUUUGGUUGGCGUCAGCACCCACAGCGCCUUCAAUACCGAUCUCGCGAUGUGCUUAGGCAGUUCCCCGCUGCGGAAGGCACGCGAUGGGAUGAGGCGGAGCUCAGUGUCCAUCCACUCUAACACCAAACAAGGCAGGGUCACACCGACGACAGGAGCGGCGCUGAGACUUUCCAUGUCCCCCAUGGAAAGUCUACCUAGGGCUAGACCAAUUGUCAAGGGAUAAUGCACACCUUGACCUAGGGACAAGACCAUGAAGGGCAAUCUGUUGUGCAUUAUCUACCAUAACAUCAAGGCGCCGCCUUGAUGGGGUAAUGGGCAGCAUUGAAUGGGUCCGUGGCAUUUAUGAACUGGGAAAUCACUGUGUGAAAGGGAAUAGAAGCCUCCUAUUAGAUAGACGGGCUGUCCUGUAGUGUACAGCCAUGAAUAAUUUACAAAGCACAUCAUGAACAAACACAAUAUCUCUGGCUACCCAUUCCCUACUAGUUCCGGCAAACUUCAGCAGGCUUUUGUCACGAACUAUAUUGCACUCUGGUAUUGCAUUAUGAUGCCAAGCUAUACUACAAGAGCAUCUAUGGUCGAGUUGAGUAAGUGUGGUGGUCAUCGUAUUCCAGCACGUGAUUGCCGGCCGCCGAUAACCCCGCAUGAGGCUGGACUACAAAGCCAAGAUAGGCGCACCUCCUGGACAAAAGGCCAC